UUUAAUCGAAACAAUUGAGAAAAAAUUUCUAACGCAUAUUUUCAGUGUUUCGAUUUUAUUUUUAUUUUUUUGUUUACUAUUUCUCUGACACGCCAAUUUGAACUUGUUGAUUCAAGCUCUAGACCGGUUUCUCCCUCUCUUUCUUAGAAAACAAAAUAUAAUAAAUUAAGGUUAGAUUGAUGUGUCGCACUGCCUCGCACUUACAAAGGCUCAAUACCGAUUAAAGAAAAGUUUUAUUAUUAAAAAUAAAUCCCAGUUAUUAUUUGUUUAAAAAAAAAAUGGAAAAUAAUUAUAAUGAUGGUGAUGAUGAUGAUGAUGAAGUAACAAUAAUUAAAGUUGUGAAUAAUAGUGUUGUUAUUGAUGAAAAUCAGCAACAAGUGAAUGAUGAAAUUGGAAAUAAUUUUGAUGUUGAUGAAAAUCAACAACAAUUAAAUGAUGAAAUUGAAAAUAACGUUGACAUUGAUGAAAAUCAACAACAAGUAAAUAAUGAAAUUGAAAACAACGUGGAUGAACACCGUGGGGAAAAUCAACAAGAUGAAAAUAAUUAUCAUAAUACAUCUGGAAAUGAAGAGUAUGAUCAAAUGGUGCUGCUUCAAAGUUACGAUAUCGUGCCAAAUGUUGAAGACAUAACAUGUCCAAUAUGUAUGGAUGUUUAUGGACCAGCAGAAGCUGUUGUUCUCAAAGAUUGUCUUCAUUCAUUUUGCUGGGAUUGUUUGCAAAACACAAUUCAACAUUCAGAAACACCAGAAGUACGUUGUCCAUUUGUUGGUGAUGUGAGUGCUUGUGAAUCAAAUCUACGUGAACGAGAAAUUAAAGCAUUGGUAAGCCCAGAAGAAUUUGAAAAACAUUUGGCUAAAUCAGUAACACUUGCUGAAAAUAAAGCUGGUAAAAGUAGCUUUCAUUGUCAAACACCAAAUUGUCCAUACUGGUGUUUUGUUGAUGAUAAUAAUGGUGAUUUUAUUUGUACAAUUUGUAAUAAAACAAAUUGUUUAAAAUGUCAAGGUGUACAUGAUGGUAAAACAUGUGAAGAAUAUCAAACAGAAAUUCAGGCAGCAAGUGCAAGUAAUACUGAUGCAAAAAUGAGUGAUGAUAGUAUUAAAGAAAUGUUGAAAAAUGGUACAGCAAUGAAUUGUACUACUUGUAAUGCUGUUUUGCAAAAAAUAAGUGGAUGUGAUCACAUAACUUGUGCUGCAUGUAAAAGUCACUUGAAUUGGCGUGGUAUUGGAUCAGCAUAUUGGCAAAAACGUCAUGGCAAAAUUGCUACACCAAAUCAUAGAGGCGUUAUGUCAAACGCUGAAAGAGCAAGAAUGACAAGAAUGAAUAAUAUGCUACGUCAUCACAUUGAUAAUGUUGACAGACGAAUUGAAACAUUAAAUAGUGGUGUAAUGAUAGCAAAUGUUGUUCCACAUGCGUCACAUCAAACAGGAAAUAUUAUAAGACCAGUAAGACUCAAUAAUACACCACCAACUUUCAAUCAACUUGGCAAUGCUGGUGGACCAAUUGGUCUUCCAAUUCGUGGACCAGUUGGUCUUCCAAUUCGUGGACCAGUUGGUCUUCCAAUUCAUGGACCAGUUGGUCUUCCAAUUCAUGGACCAGUUGGUCUUCCAAUUCGUGGACCAAUUGGUCUUCCAAUUCAUGGACCAGUUGGUCUUCCAAUUCAUAGACCAGUUGGUCUUCCAAUUCGUGGACCAAUACGAGCAAGAGAUGAAGGAACACGAUUCAAUGCUAGAGAUACCAGUGAACCAUAUUGAUCAUUUUAAAAAUAAAAUAUCAUUUGAUAUAAUUAUGUGAUUGUCUAAAUUGUUUUUAAUAAAAAUCAUCAAUAUAUUUUAAAAUAUCAUAUUGCUAGUUAUUUUAAUUAUUAAACUGGUAUUUUAAAAAAUUACUCAAUUUAAAUAUAAAUGUAUGACAUUUUUUUUUUUUCUAUUCAUAAAUCUUUUUACUAUUAAAUAUGUUUAAUUAUAUUUUAAUAAUAAUUUUGUAAACAAAUAAAAUAUUUUUUUUUUCAUUUCAAUAAAUAAU